UUUCUAGGGCUAGCUCGAUCGAUCUCCCUCCCUGAAAUCGAUCUCUCAUCGCUAGCUGGAUCGGAUCAUCAUCAGCUCCGAUUUGAUCGAUCGAUCGAAUUGAAAUGGUUCGCGUGAGCAAUGCGAUCAUCGGAUUCCUCAACCUCCUGACCCUACUGCUCGGCGUGGUGGCCAUCGGCAUGGCGGUUUGGAUCCAGUUCAACCCUAGCGCCUCCCUGUGCCAGAAGGUCCUCCAGAAGCCGUUCGUCAUCCUCGGCCUCUCCCUUCUCUUCGUCUCCAUGUUCGGCUUGAUCGGCUCCUGCUUCCGCAUCUCCUUCUUCCUCUGGGUGUAUCUCACCGUCAUGUUCUUCCUCAUCCUCGGCAUCUUCUGCUUCCUGUUGUUCACCAUCAUCGUCACCAACAAGGGAGUCGGAAACGCUCUCUCCGGCAAGGGUUACAAGGCCGCUCGCCUCGGGGAUUACUCCCAUUGGUUGCAGAAGUAUGUUCUCAAUGCUCAAAAUUGGGAUCAGAUUAAGAGCUGCUUGCAUGAUAUCCGCCUCUGCCAGAGUCUCUCAACCGGCAAGAGCGCCGACUAUUACAAGCAUAGCCUCUCUCCUACUCAGUCGGGUUGCUGCAAGCCGCCCAGUUACUGCGGCUUUGAGUUCCACAACGCGACCUACUGGACGAUGCCGAAAGGGGGGCCGGCGGUGCCGCACCAAGACUGCAACAAGUGGAGCAACGACCAGACGGAGCUAUGCUUCGACUGCGAGUCCUGCAAGACGGCGGUGCUCGAAAGCCUCCGGAAAGACUGGAAGAAACUCGCCAUCAUCAACGUCUGCAUCCUCGCCUUCGUCAUCCUCGUCUACUCCGUUGGAUGCUGUGCUCUCAGGAGCAACAGAAGCUCAAGAUACGACAAGUACAAAGGAGGCUUCUACCCAUGAUAUAUAUCAUCUAAUCAUAUGUGUUUAUUGUUUGAAUCAUCAUUAUCAUCAUUUGCUCAUGUUUAUUUCUUAUUUGAUUUGAUUUGUCUUUAAGCCGGAAAACUCAAAUCAAUAUAUCCCAACACUUGCA